AUGAAUAUGUUUAGCUUUAUACCAUGUUUAACACCAAUGACAUCCUACUACUAUAUAUCGAAUAAGAUUGUAAAAAAGGGUGCACCAGAAGAAAUCGACGUCGAGUUUGCGGUUCUCAACCUUAAUUACGCUUUACGGGAUGGUUGCUUAGAGGCCAAAGAAACAUCGAACAUCGAUUUUUCCGAAAAGACAUUUCCAGAGGUAUUUCGGUGCGGAGACUUCGAAUCUGAUGUUAGUUUUUUCAAAAUUAAAAAAAAUUGUUCAAAUCAAGGAUACCGAUUUUCAGAAAAACAUUUAUAA